UUCAAAGAACAGUCAUCACGAUCACGAAGUACACAAAACACUACUAUACUACUGUCAAGUCAUGGAAUUGAUAACGUGAACAGCCACGAAAGGAAUGUACGUGUCAAUUUUCUCAGCGCACCUGAUUCCUUUAUAAGUUAAAGCACAAAAUGUUGAAAGCUGUGAUCUUGAUUGGUGGGCCUCAGAAAGGCACAAGAUUUCGGCCUUUGUCUUUAGACAUUCCGAAACCGCUAUUCCCGGUUGCUGGAUUACCAGUAAUACAGCACCACAUCGAAGCGUGUAUUACAAUUGACGAACUGAAGGAAAUCCUACUUAUAGGCUACUAUCCCGCAGCUCAAAUUCAACAGUUUGUCGGUGAUAUGCAACAACAAUACAACAUAAAUAUAAGGUAUUUACAAGAAUUUACAGCACUAGGAACAGCAGGCGGCUUAUACCAUUUUCGUGAUCAAAUACGUUGUGGUAAUCCGGAUGCGUUUUUUGUAAUGAACGGCGACGUUUGCGCCGAUUUCCCUUUACAGGAGCUUUACACAUUCCAUAAACAAAAGGGAGCCCUGGUUACAAUAAUGGGAACUGAAGCGACCCGUCAGCAAUCGCUCAAAUAUGGAUGUAUGGCGACUAAUAAAGCUACACAAGAAGUGACACAUUAUGUCGAAAAGCCAAGUUCUUAUGUGUCCACUUUGAUUAAUUGUGGCAUUUAUGUAUUUUCUUUGGAGAUCUUUUCUACUAUUGGAGAAGCGUUUAAUAUUAAGCAACAGGACAUUUAUAGAAAUGGUAAUGGUUCCAAAGAGACUGGUUUUAUCCAACUUGAACAAGAAAUUUUGACUCCUUUAGCCGGUGGCGGAAGACUGUUUGCUUUGCAGGUGACUACUUGGUGGUCACAACUGAAGACGGCAGGAUCUGCUAUUUAUGCAAAUCGACAUUAUUUAGAAUUGUAUCAUAAAAAACACAGCGAAAGACUUUUACAUACUGUCAAUGAUAAAGGUAAUGCUGUAUGUAACAUAAUCCCUGACGUAUAUAUUCACCCGACAGCUACAGUGCAUCCUUCAGCAACGUUAGGUCCCAACGUCAGUAUUGGACCUGGAGUUAUGAUCGGACCUGGUGUACGGAUACGAGAAAGUAUUAUAUUGGCAGAUGCCGUUAUAGAGAACCAUAGCUUGGUCCUUCACAGUAUUAUCGGACAAAAUUCUAAAGUUGGCCGUUGGGCACGAGUUGAAGGGACACCUUCUGAUCCCGAUCCGAAUAAACCGUUUGCUAAGAUGGAAAAUCCCCCUUUGUUUAAUCAUGAUGGAAGGCUUAAUCCAUCAAUAACUAUAUUAGGGGGUUUUGUGAGUGUACCUUCAGAAACCAUUUUACUGAAUUCUGUUGUACUUCCACAUAAGGAAUUAACCAGAAGUUUUAAAAAUGAAAUUAUCUUGUAAAAUUGGUGUAAUUCAAUGUUUUUUAUCUGUUAUUAAAUGUACAAUGUUUUAUAUAACA